AUGGUGGUGGAAUUAAGCGAAGUUCCUGUUGAGACAGUCGCUGAGGAGGUGGUUCCUGCUGAAGCAGGCGAUUCCUCAGAGCUCGCCGGCCUCUACGGGAUCCAUCCCGUGGGGGGGCGGCGCUCCACGUCCACUGGCGUCCCACUCGUCCGCCUCGCCUCCCUCGUUCAUCCCGAGAUGACCAAGCUCGGCGAGGGGGCUUACGCCUCGGUUUAUGACGUCAGCCGACCCGGCUUGCCUCCGGUGUGCCUCAAGUGGUUCAAGGACGAAGACGGUCAAGACCAUCUCAAGGAGGCCGAGAUGCUGCACGCCCUGAGGAAGGUUCCUGGGCUUCCCAAGCUGGUGGGGCUGUCUCGCUCGCCCGCCGCGGUGGCGAUGACCUGCCACGGGACCCUGGACCUCCAAGCGUGGGCCAGCAGGCGCUUCGACCUGGACGAGUACUUGAAGAUGCUCCUGGCCCUCAGCACCACCCUGCGCGGCCUCCACGCCGAGGGAUUCACGCACAACGACCUCAAGGCCGACAACGUGAUGGUCGGCGAGCGCAACGUGCCGACCCUGAUCGACGUGGGCCUCGUGUCGCCCAUUAACAGCUGCCCCUUCUGGUACAACGACAUGAGGAACGCGCGCGACGUCGAGAGCGAGCGCGCGAGCAGAUCGAGCCACUUGGCCCCCGAGAUCUACCGCGGAGGAAGAGCCGAUCCCAGCGCCGACGUCUACUCGUUCGGCAAGGUCCUGUAG